GUAUACUUCAGCAACUAUGAGCCAGCACAUCGGGAAUCUCUAUAGAUCUGCAGUGUCUUCAUUCCUCCUCUUCUUGCUAGUGGAUGUUGGUGUUAGUGGUGGAAGUGCAAGCAAGGAGAAUGCAGCUGGAACUCAUAUAAUAGCACAGCCUUCGUUGUUGACAACACCUGAGCCAUGGCACCUUUUGGUGACUCAAACACCAGCCAAGGAAAAAGCCAAAGAGGGUGAAACUGUGGUCUUAAAUUGCCACUUUAACAGUCCACGACGUCCCUCCCUGACUGACCUGAUGGUGAAGUGGUACAAAGAAGAUGAAAAGGGGCAGAUGGACCUGCUAGAAAACAAUGUGACCGUCUUGCCCAAUAACUCCAGGGUUUUCAUGAGUGGAGACUUGUCCCAAGGGGAUGCCUCCCUCGUGAUCCUCAAUGUGACAACCAGUGACCACGGUAUUUAUUUCUGUGAGGUUACACUUCCGGAUGGGAAGGUGGUGACAGGAGAUGGCACAAAGCUCAGGAUCAGGAGAGCUCUGGGCUUGUUUGGUAUAGAAGAAUCCAUUGGAACCAUCAUUGGGGUUGUGGCAGCUGGUAUCGGAGGCGUAGUGGUUCUCAUCAUUGUUUUAACCCCACAGCUGAGGAGGUGCGUCCUCUGCAUGAGACAAGGCUCUCGCCAAGCUUGAGGUGCAGCAUUACAGGAGU